UUGAUAUAUAGUGGCGACUCUACAAACUGAGCAGACACAUUCAAGACUUCAAGCACUAUCGAAGUCAUGUUUCUGCAAAAAGUGGGAGUCUACAUUCAAACAGCAUGCCUGUGCAUGUUUUUGAUUUGUUUUGUCACGUUGCUUCGAAUUUUGCGUUUUAUUUCGCCGAGCUUGGUCAAGAAGGCUAUCCUUAAAUCCGAUCAAACAAUUCUCAUGUCCAAGAAUCCCAGAUUUGCGUACGAAGACUGGGGUCCGACCUUCAUGUCGUUGGAUUUCGUCAAAGUCGCCACACAACACAUGUGGAUGUCUUUGGGACAAGAGGCGUUUGUUGGGAGAGAAGCCCCUGACUCACCUGUGAUCACCAUGGGCAAGGAGAAGAGCAGCAUCUGCAAGUUCCUGAAAGGUGAGAGACCCUUAGUGCUGAGCUUUGGAAGCUGCACCUGACCACCGUUUAUGGCCAAACUUGCCGAGUUCAAACGGCUCGUCAAGGACUUCAGAGAAGUGGCCGACUUCCUUGUGGUCUACAUUGAGGAGGCGCAUUCAACUGAUGGCUGGGCCUUCACCAACAACAUAGACAUCAACAAGCACCAGAGCCUGGAGGACAGGCUGUCUGCAGCACAGCUGGUCAUUAAGGAGGACCCACUCUGCCCAGUGGUGGUGGACGACAUGUCCGACGUCUCCGCCAUCAAAUAUGGCGCCAUGCCUGAGAGGCUUUAUGUGCUGCACAAGAGGAACGUUGUCUAUAAGGGGGAAGUGGGCCCUUGGGGCUACAAGCCAGAGGAGGUGCGUUCCGUCCUGGAGAAGAUGAAGUAAGAAGGACCCGUCGCUCGCUGUCACUAAUGUGUUUAGCUCGUCUUCCACAAACAACAAUUGGUUCUGCGUCAAAACACUUUAGUGACCUCUGAGCUGGAUCUCACCCCCUCUCUGUGUGUUUCUACGUGACGGCUGCAGAUGAAACCCUUGGACUCUGUAUCCCGAUAAAGCGAAGCACCAUAGUGUGAGAUAAGGUUUCAGCGGUUACUAGAAGUUUUUUGGAGUUUUUUCGGGGGGGGUUUGCAGUCAUGGUUGUUGGGCGUGUUCUCAAAUAAUUUUACAGCAGUGGACGGCUUUUUAUAUGAUAGUUACAGUGUAAAACCUCUGGUGGCUGUGAUUUGAUGGCUAGAAAGUUGGCCCCUCCGUGAUUUAUUUGGUUUUCUUUUUUUGUUUGUUUUUAUCUUUUCCACUUAAGAUUACAGCAUUACAACCUUACAGGUUUCUUCUAAUAUACUGCUGUUGGUGUUAUCAGAAUAAACACAUUCUAGUUCAA